UUUGCCGAGCACCCGCCGGCAGGGCGGGUUGUUCAGGAGGGACACCUGGCUGUCACGGCGCUUCACGCUUGGUGCCUGCCACCCCGCGAACUGCCCGCACUAUGGCCGCUCCGCCGCAGCUGCGGACUCUGCUCCUUGCGGUCAACGCACUCUUGCGCAAGCGCCGCUACCACGCUGCGUUGGCCAUGAUUAAGGGCUUCCGGAACGGAGCAGUCUACGGAGCCAAAAUCCGGGCCCCUCAUGCCCUGGUCAUGACCUUUCUCUUCCGGAGUGGCAGGGCUCUGUGUGUUUGUGCAGCCUCUGGGAGAAGCUGCGGGCCAUCCUGCAGGCCACCUACAUCCACUCCAGGACCCUGGCCAGCUUUGUGUUCACCUACAAGGGACUCUGCUCCCUGCAGUCCCAUCUGCAGGGCAAGACCUUCCAGGUGCACUCAUUCACUGCUGCCUUCAUCGGGGGCCUGCUGCUGUUUGGAGAAAACAAUAGCAUCAACAACCAGAUCAACAUGUACCUGUUAUCUCGCCUCCUGUUUGCCCUGUGCCGCCUGGGUAUGGACAAGGGCUACCUCCCCGAGCCCAGAUGGGACCCGUACCCGCUGUUCUCGGGUUUGGUGUGGGGGCUGGUGCUGUGGCUCUUUGAGUACCACCGGCCCACCCUGCAGCCCUCGCUGCAGUCCUCCAUGACCUACCUGUACGAGGACAGCAACACAUGGCACGACCUCUCAGACUUCCUCCUCUACAACAAGAAGAAAUAACUCGGCCCGAAGUGCUUUUGGAGACUCCGGCGCUUGCCAGCCAUGGCUGCAGAUUGGCUCCAUCAGCGAAUCCCCCAGAAGAUCCUGCCUGUUCAAGAUCUGAGGUCUCAGACUCUAGCUUUUCUCAGCCUGGGGUCCCACCGGUCAAAGUGAAAACACUGAUCUUCAAGUCCCAGUAGGUACUCUUGAAUGGUAGAAUAAGCCACCGAAUCAGGCCGCCGAGCCUUGGGCAUGGGGACAGCCGUGCUGCUGACCCUGUGAGACCCGGGCCCCAGGGGUCAUCGAGCUCAGAGGAGGGCGCUGAAGUCUCUUUCUGGUGGGUAUGUUCUUCGGCCGUUCUUCUGUAACCGAGGGCUCUGGCUGGUGGGUGGUUGGUUGCAAAUGUGUUUUGAGAAAAUCCUCAGUUCCUUGUCUUAGAUGUUCUGUUGGAGAAGCUCUAGAGUUUCCACUGUCCAGUAGAAACAUGAUGUGAGUCAUAUAUGUGAUUGACAUUUUUUUAGUAGCCACAUUUUUUUAAAAAGUAGAAAGAAUCAGGUGAGAUUAAGGUUAAUUAUAUCUUUUAAGCCAAUAUUUUUCAAACAUCAGCAUUUCAACGUGUAAUAAAUCUAAAACUCAAUGAGA